AUGUUCUUCUCUACUGGAAUAUUCUUGAUUAUUAAUAUUGAAGAACUUCGAAUAGAUAGUAUAGUUAGAUGUGUUUCGUUUGUCGUCAUAGACGAAAAUUGUGACACUAAACUUAUAAGAAAAUUCUGAACGAUUAAUUCCAUGGGCAAUUGUAUGAAAUCUACUGAUCCUUUGACUGCUUCUCUUCCGAAAAAUAUCAGUAUCGACACCACAGCGAUUAAAGAAUCAGGAGUGCCGAUUAUCUUCGUAAUUGGAGGACCGGGAGCUGGGAAAAAAACCCUAUGCAUGAAAGUGGCAGAGAAGUACGGUUUCGAUGACAUAAUAUCCUCAGAUGUGAUUCGAACCGAAGUGUCAAAGCGAACGGAAAAGGCGUUCGCGCUGGCGCGUUUAUUGUCGGAAGGUCAAUUGGUGCCACCGGCUAUAUUAGUGGAAUUGAUCGCUGCUACGAUGCUUCAACGCGUGCAAGACACGAAAGGGUUCAUUGUGAGCGGAUUUCCCCGGGAGAAGUGUCAGGCAAAAUUAUUCGACAAAGAAGUGCGUCGCCCCGAUCUCGUUCUAAUGUUGAACGUUCGAAAUUCCGUGAUGAGCGACCGGUUAAUGGCGAAAAGCGUGAAAGCCACCGAGAGAUUGUCCAUUAAUUUCGAGCAUAUUGAAAAGCAGAUCGAGGACUUUCAUAAACGAAACAAAUUGAUAGUGAAAUAUUAUAGAAAUUUGGUGGUGAUGAUCGACGCUGAGCCUGACACGAUGACCGUGUUUGAGAAAGCAUGCGAGUCUAUAGAUAACAUUUUAGUGCAAUUUCCAGGCUUUGAAGCAAAUCGUGCAGCCACGUCGAAUGCUGCUAGAAGUAGAGUAAUCUCGAAAUAAUAAAGUUCGUAUUAUAACUAUUUAUAUCAUACAUAAAAUUUAUAUUUUACAUAAAAUGAGACUAAUAUGCCGUUUAAGAGAAACUUUUAUUGGACAAUAUUAGACCGAAUAUUGUUAAUUUGGUCAGAUGUAAUAUAGGUGUUAAGUACUAGUAGUGGACGUGCUAUAAUUAGAAGAUCCUUUUAUCAGUUUAGCGAGCAGAAUAUUUAAACAGGAAACGUGAUUCCUUUUGUACAUCGUAAACAUUCACCUCUGUGUAUACUUGGAAGUUAUUGCAUAAAUAACGCUAUGAUUAAUGUAGCCUACGGUGAAAUGCAAUUUUCGAAUAAAGCUUCAUGUUGACUUUAUUCUGCUUAAAUAGACGAUAAGUAAUAUAACAGAAUCCUUCGAACGAUAUAUCGUCUGGUAAAAUAAAGAUUAUGAAUUAAA